AUGACGCACCAGCUACCGCCCAACCUCAUCCGCCUUUUCACCUCGCGGCCACCGCUGCCGUACACUCCGCCGCUGCCCGGCGACCAGGACCCCAACGACCCGCCGCAGCCAAAGGACCGUGAUGAGAUCUCCAACCGCAAAAAGGUGCGGCCCCUCGACGGCGUCGCCGCCUUCCUCGAGAGGGUCAAGCAGGAGGCCGCCGACCGCGGAGAGGCGACCGACGACAUCGACGAGCAGGGCCAAGCCCAGCAGUUCACCCACGCCAAAAUCACCCUCGCAGAGAUGGCAAAGGAGGAAAAGAAGCGCAAAAAGGAGCAGGAGAAGAAGGAGGGGUUAGAAAAGUACGACCCCAACAAGGACCCGGAAGCCAUCGGCGACCCAUUCAAGACCCUAUUCCUGGCGCGGUUGUCGUACGACACCACCGAAAAGGACCUCCACCGCGAGUUUGACAUGUACGGCCCCAUCGAGCGCAUCCGCCUCGUGCGGGACAAGGAGGGCAAGAGCCGGGGUUACGCGUUUGUGCUCUACGAGCGCGAGCGCGACAUGCGCGCCGCCUACAAGGACGCCGAGGGGCUCAAGAUCAACGGGCGCAGGAUCAUGGUCGACGUCGAGCGCGGGCGCGCCGGCCACCGCCAGGGUCAAGAGGCGGCUACGGCGGCGGCUACGGCGGUGGAGGAGGAGGAUACGACGAUGGACCGCCGGCCAAACGCGGUCGAUACUAGCGCUUGCCUGGCGAUCCCCGUCUCCGUCCCCGUCCCUCGGCGCCACGAAGCCAGCGAUCCUCAUCAUCUCUCCUGCCGAUCGACGCGCGGCAUCCGGCCACCCAUCGUCGUCAGCACCUUGUACUUUUAG